GAGGCUUUAUUUCCAUUGGGUAAAUUCUGGUCCUAUUAGAGUUUCUUAUCCACCUAGGUGACCCCAGGAAUCUGUGGGAUCCCCCCUCCUUUCCUCAAGCUCCAGGAUGGGGGACUCAGAGGGAGAGUCUGCAGGACUGCCGGGCUGGGGCAGGAGGCUAAGGAAUGGUGGCCAGACGGAGAACGCCCUAGAUAAAACUAUUUGUCCAUUAUGCAAAAAUGUCCUCUGAGGGCCUUUAAAAGCUGUCGAGCUAGAGUCCCACACAGCAGGUGAUUUAUAAACCCACCGCCAGGUACAAGAGAGCUCCAAACGAGGCAUGUUUUCAUUAGUAUAUUCCAUGAUAACGUUGCGAUUGGAGGUGGGGGUCCUUCUAGAAAUCCCUAGCACUUGUGUUCAGGGGGUUUUCCAUUGUUUCUACUCACAAAGAUAAACAAACAAAAGACUAUUAAUGUAUUAAUAAGGGCUGGAAGCAGGGGCAUCUGGAGAUCAAGGCCAACCUAGACUACAGGUCCCAGGUGGGUCUCUCCUCCUGUUCUGUUUUUGUCUCAGAGCAGAGGUGGCAUGGGAAGAAAAUGAUGAUCCCACUAAAUAUGACUGCAGCCAGCUGUGUGUGUGUCAUUAUUAUUCUUAGCCACAGGCAUAAUUUUUUAAAUUAUGAUUAUUUUAUUAUAUAUGUAUGGGUAUUUUUUACAUGUAUAUGGGUGCCUGACAAAGCCAGGAGAAAGCAUCAGAUCUCUUGGUUGUAGAUAAUUGUGGGACAUCAUCACGUAGGUGCUGGGGAUUGAAGAUGGGUCCUCCAGGGCUCUUAGCUGCUGAGCUGUCUCUCCAGGCCCCCACUUACACAAUUGUAAUAAGCAUAUGUACUUACAACUCUGCACUGUGAUCUUUUUAUUUAAAGUGAUUUUCAAGAUGAUAUCCUUGUCCUUGCAAAGUUGUAUUUUUGUUUUAAAUGUCUGCCACACAAAUAAACCAUCAUUUAUUUUAUUAUUUUUCUAUUUUGGGUCGUGGCAUUUGCUUCUACUUUCUCUGUGUUAUAAAUAACAUAGCUAUAAACAGCACAUGUAUCCUUUUCUUCUUUUAAGCCAUUUCUUUGGAAGCAAUUCCCAGGAGUGGAAUUAUUAGGCCAGAGGAUGUGGAUAUUUUUAUGAGUCUUGAUGAGCACUGGUACAUUGCCCUGCCUGCCUGCCUCCACAGGGCCUGGCUGUACCUGGUCUGCACAAAUUACAGGCUCAGCAGAGUGGAUCCGGGAGGGAAGGUGAGGUGAGAUGGACUCACAGGCGUAUCCAGCAGGCGUAUCCAGCAGGCGGUCCGCUCCUUCCAGUGUCGUGCUGCCUGAAAGACCCUCAGAGACCAGCUCCAAUGUUGACAGCUCAGCGCAGCCUUCUGUGGCCCAGCUGGCUGGGCGCUUUCGGGAGCAAGCGGCUGUGGCCAGGGAGACACCAGCCAGUAAGCCAACAAGAAGGAAACCGCCCUGCUCCCUCCCCCUGUUCCCCCCCAAGGUAGAGCUGGGCCAGAACGGUGAGGAGAAAUCACCAUCCAGCACCAGCCACCUGCCUAAAAUCAAGGUGAAGAGCUCACCUCUGAUCGAGAAGCUUCAGGCCAAUUUAGCCUUUGACCCAGCAGCUCUUCUGCCUGGGGCUUCACCCAAAAGUCCUGGGCUCAAGGCCAUGGUAUCGCCAUUUCACAGUCCCCCUUCCACACCCAGUAGCCCUGGUAUCCGAUCCCACCCAGGUGAGGCAGAAGAGGUGCCCGUGAGCUUUGACCAGCCUCCGGAAGGAACUCACCUGCCCUCUUACAAUAAGGUGCGGACUAGGGGCUCUAUAAAAAGACGUCCUCCCUCGCGGCGAUUCCGAAGGUCUCAGUCGGACUGUGGGGAUUUUAGAGAUUACAGGGCUGUGGAGCCGUCUCAGGAAAAUGGUGCCAGGGAAGAGAAUGGGGAUGACGUGUUUUCUAGCAAGAACAAGGACCCCGGGUCCCCCCAACUCAACCAGGAGGCCAUGGCAGACGGGGUGGAGGGAACCCCACGGUUUGCAGAAAAGCCACGGAGGAGGAACACGUGCAACAGCACAGAGAAACCAGAGGAGCUGGUGGGGACCCCAGAGGAGGUGAAUACUGGAGAGAAGGCUGGACAGAAUCCAGACACAGCUAGUCAGGGACGUCCAGAGGUUCAGGAGCCAUCGCAAACCGGCAGCCCAGAGGCUGAGACUGGGUGUGGGAGCCCACAGGAAGAGACAGCCCCGGGAGAGCAUACAGACACUGGGAAGACCACCGCAGGGACAGCCUCUGAGGAGAAGGUGGUAGAUAAGGAAGACAGGCUCGGACAGAAAAGCCCAGAUGCAAAUACACCCGAGGAGGCAGCGGUCAGUGAGAAGGCUCCCCAAAAUUCUUCUGGAAAAGAAGAAGGUCCCGCUAUCGCAGAGCAGGAUACAAAGCAGAAGGAGGAGGCGCCUCUGGAGUCCAGCUGCAGCCCAGGGGCUGACAGUGCUGCAGGAGAGACCACCAAUGAGAUCCAGAAUGAGAAAGCCAUGUCCACGGACGACAUCCCCACCGAGGAUACUCGGAUGUGAUGAAGGGCUCAGGGUACCAGUGAUGGGGCCACUGGAGACAUCUCCUUGGAAACAGCAGCAGGAUUAGCAGCAGUAGCAGUGCACGGAGCCACUGCAGACGCAGAAUACACCGAGCAUCUGGAGACAGCCCAGGAUGCAGGGUGGAUUGUCCCCCAUAGGCUACACCAACUGUCGCCUCGUUAGAGAUGACAGCUGAGGACAAUAGAGUUUUAUCAACUUGAGUUUGUGUCACUUGAUGCACUGACUCAAAGUUAAAUCAAUUUGCUGCGGUGUCUGCUCCACACAAUACUGGCCUUCCUGUUGCACCCCAGGUCUUCCUGCAGCCAACCUCCCAGCUAGGCUCUUGUCGAACUUGUGCAAAGUGACAGCCUUUUUCUAUGGUUCUAAUGUUUUUAUGGUUCUCAAUGUAACUUAAAACUAAUUUUAGGUAGAUAAAGAAGGUAGUCUUGUGGAGAAUAAAGUCCUCUAAGUUAUACAGAGACCUGAAGAGAUAUCAAAGCCCUCACAGCGAUCUUUCUGCCUGCUCCAAAUGGGAAACAGCUGACCAGUUUCAAAAAAACUCAAAGAGAUAUUUAUUAAAACAUUUAAAAACUUGUUCCUGCCUGUUCCAUGGGCCAGAGCCUUCCCUGUGGCAUAGCCUGGCUGAUGAGAACAAGGGGAGAUGACUGGUCCAUCUCAUCCCAUCCUUGUCGUGGUGCAGGAACUCCCUCGGAGAGGCUGGGUAUCAGACGUGGUGGCUUGUGUCUCAUUUCCUCCCCUGAAGGUGCCACAGUACGCCUGCCUUGCUCCAGGCAUGGAUCGAACUUUCCUGCAAGGUUACACUUGAACUGAACCAGGCUGACCUCUGGGAGCGGCAUUCAGUGUCUACAGUACAACUUACAUCCUGAGAGCAGCCCUCUUAGUUUCUCUAUGAAGCUUUUGUUUGUUUGCUUUUGCUUUUUUUUUUUUUUUUUUUUUUUUUUUUAUCUCACCAUGUAGCCUUCUAUGUAGCCCAGGCUGGUUUUGAACUAGUGAUCCCCCUGCCUCUGCCUCUGGAUUGUAGGUAUGCAUCAUGGUGCCUGGCUCUCAGUAAGCAUUUCUCAGAUCCAAGUCAAGUUCUUCUCCUGGACUCAGGAGGCAUGAGUUGGGGUCUUCAGCCUGUUUUCAUCAGGAACUCCUGCUUAGUAUCCUGUCUGGGGAUAGAGCAGGGUUGCAGGGAUGGGGGUCCGUCUGAUAUCCAUUCCUCCGAUCACGCCCCCCUCCCUUCAUGCACUCCUGCUGAAGAAAUGUUAGCCUAAAUAAAUGAUGAAUCUUCAGGGUUGGUUCUUAUUCUGAAUUCAGUAGCUCUGUGUCUCAGGGUGCAGCUCUGUAUUCUAAAAGGGAUGGUUUUCCUGGAAGUUCAUUAGAUCACACCAACUCUGGCUUCAGAAAACACUCUCACAAACAAAAGGGCCAAGGUCACAGGUGGUGCCACAAUUUCUCAUCCAACUUAUAGGUUUUCUAAUUCCAAGAUAGUUUUAAUAUGUGAGACAUGUUAUUUUUCAAAACAAAUAUUAAAGUGGUUUGUAAGUAGUCACAAACUUUUGACCUGGCCAAGACUGACGAUGUCAUAUACAUUAUAAGCUUUGAACUUUAACAGAAUUCAGGGGAAACUAUAUGUCAGACAUUUUUUUUGAAAUCUGCAUGUUGUCUACCUACUUACUUGUCUGUCACCAGAGAUGUCCCCACCCUGAGGAACACACAGUUUUAUUUUGUGCAUCUCAGUGAAUUGUUUCCACACUCAUGGGACUGCUUGGUGGACAUGGGGCAUGGCAACUGUGAAUAACUUAUGAUUGUGUGUGGUGGGAAAGGUGUACAGAAGCAAGGAUGGGCUGCAGAUGAAGAGGAGACCAUGCUCUCCUGAAGUCACUGAGCAGGUAGUGGCAGACAGGAAAGGAGCAACUUUGAAAUGUAGUGACACUGUGACACCACAGGAACAUGCCUGAUGGUGUCAAAGGUCCAUCCCCCAAUUCCAGCUCCUGUUACUUAACGUCAUUUGUUCUAGUUUAUGAAAAUAGCCCACUCCGUUCCCAGGGGCUCUUUAGUCCCAAGAAUUCUCUUGGCAUGGUGUUCCUAAAGGGGCAGGUGCUUUCCUGUCCUCCUCAUAAUGUUUGUGUCCCUUUCUGAAGCACCCUAGACCAAGGGCUGCACUCCUAUGGUAGACAGGGAGGACUCCACAUUUGGGGGGUGGGCAUUGAGAUAGGGUCUCACUACAGUUCUGGCUGCCCUGGAGAAUACUUUAUAGGUCAGGCUGGCCUCAAACUCAAACCUCCUGAGUGAUGGGACUAAGGAAUGCAGCACUGUGCCUAGAGACAAUAUUUGCGUUUAAAGAAGAUCACCUGCAGCUAGGCAGGUGGUGACUCACACCUGUCAUCCCUUCUCUGGGGAGUCCUAGGCAGGAAGUUUUCAAAGACUUUGAGGACAGGAUGUAAGCGCAAAGCCUGUCUGUGUCUCGGGUGACACGUUGUCACGACCAGGCUGGGAAGAUCUCAUUUUUUUGUUUGGAUUUCUUUAAGGGUCUGAAAGAAAUUCGAUUCUUCCAUAGAGACGAGCUGAAGACGAAGGCACCAUUUCACGGCCCUUCAAGUUCAGCUUGAAUUCAGCUUGUACUGCAUCCUUCCUACAGGAAGUGGGGAGGUGGGAAGAGGCCUGCCCGAUUUAGAGACUGCUUGUUCUUUUCUGUUGCUGUGAUAAAACAUUGUGAGCAAAAGCAGCUGGGGGAGGAAGGGAUUUGUUUAGCUUACACUUCCAGGUCACAGUCCUUCACUGAGGGAAGCCAGGGCAGGAACUCUGGUAGGAACUGAUGCAGACAUCACAGAGCAAUGAUCCUUCCUGGCUUGUACUCCCUGGCUUGCUCAACCCUUGGUCCACCUGCCUAGGGAUGGCGCCGCCCACCGUGGACUGGACUCUCCCACAUCAAUCACUAAUCAAGACAACUUUCUCACAGCCAUAGGUCAGUGUGGGCUGGGCAGUUCUUUAACUGAAGUUCUUUCUUCUCAGGGUGGUUCCUUGUUGUGUCCGGUUGACAAUCAAUCAUUAUGUCGACAAAUAAAAUUAAAAUCACGUA